CAUGUUGCUGCUCACUUGGUGAAUGCCUUGAACUUCUCUGUGAAUUACAGUGAAGAGUUCCUCGCACUCAAUGCAGCCAGCUACCAUGGCGAAGAUCCCAGGAAACUCCUUUUUGCAACAGUUCCUGGAUUAACGGGUGUCCUUAUGGUACUAGUCUUGUUCCUAAUGUCUACCGCUUCUACUUAUGCCAUUAGGGUUUCAGAUUAUGACAUAUUUUGGUAUACCCACAACCUCUUUUUUGUCUUCUACUUGCUGCUGAUACUGCAUGUUUCUAGAGGAGUUCUGAAAUACCAAACUAACCUGAAGGAGCAUCCCCCUGGAUGUUUUAAUCCCAACGUGACCAUUGAAGAGGACAGCCCGUUUGCAGGUGGUUUCAAACAGCCCCUCACAGAAAGUGCCAUAGAGCAUUUCCCAGGACGACUGAUGGAGCUAGAACCGCUUCUCCAAAGCAACUUUGUUUGUGCAGAGGAGCCAAAAUUCCAAGCUGGUUUCCCUGAGACCUGGCUUUGGAUCUCUGGACCAUUAUGCUUAUAUUGUGUGGAAAGGCUGUACCGCUUUAUCUAUAGCAGCUAUAAACCUGUCACACUUACCGCAGCGAUCAACCAUCCAUGUGAUGUCCUUGAAAUACAGAUGAUGAAGGAAGGCUUUAAAGCAAGACCUGGACAGUAUGUCAUUCUGCACUGUCCAAGUGUGUCAUCUGUGGAAAGCCAUCCCUUCACUCUAACAAUGUGCCCAACAGCUACCAAGGCAACAUUUGGAGUGCACAUUAAAGUCGUAGGAGACUGGACAGAGAGAUUUCGAGAUCAGCUGCUGCUACAUUCAAGCUGGGAUGCCGAGAUUCUGCCAGUUUUCCAGCAAAGAUGUUAUCCUAAGCUGUAUGUAGAUGGGCCCUUUGGGAGCCCUUUUGAAGAAUCUUUCAAUUAUGAAGUCAGCCUCUGCAUCGCUGGAGGCAUUGGAGUGACCCCAUUUGCAGCCAUCUUCAAUACCCUGCUGGAUGACUGGAAGCACUACAAACUCAGAAGGCUUUACUUCAUAUGGGUAUGCAGAGACAUCUUGUCCUUCCACUGGUUUGCUGAUCUCCUCUGCAAAUUGCAUAACAAGCUCUGGCAAGAAAACCGACCAGAUUUUAUCAAUAUUCAGCUGUACCUCAGUCAAACAGAUGGGAUACAGAAAACAAUUGGUGAGAAAUAUCAAGUGCUGAACCACCGGCUUUUCAUUGGGCGGCCAGGAUGGAAACUUCUAUUUAAUGAAAUAGCCAAGUAUAACAGACAGAAAACUGUUGGCGUUUUUUGCUGCGGCCCCCCUGGAAUCUCCAAAGCUAUUCACAAACAGAGCAAUAGCAACAAUCCUUAUGGGACAAAGUUUGAAUACAACAAAGAAUCAUUUAGCUGAGAGCAUCUGGGGCUUU